AUGUCCAAGCUCUUCAUUGGCGGCCUUGCCUGGCACACGGAAGAGGCCACGCUGCGGCAGAAGUUCGAGGAGUUCGGCGUGGUCGAUGAAGCAGUUGUCGUCAAGGACCGGGACACUGGUCGCAGCCGAGGGUUUGGGUUCGUGCGCUACACGAACGAAGAUGAUGCUCAGAAAGCGAUCUCUGCAAUGAAUAACGUCGAGUUCGACGGGCGAACGAUCCGCGUUGACAAAGCCUCGGACACUGGCCCUCGAGGCGGCUACCCAAGCGGCCGAGGCGGCGGCGGCGGCGGCUAUGGACAGCGAGGCGGUUUCGGCGGUGCUCCUCAGAUGCCCCAGAUGGCCUAUGGAGUUCAUCCUGGACAGCAAUACCAGAUGCCACCUCCACAGAUGGCGUACGGCCAACAAUACGGCCGAGGCGGUGGCUAUCCCCAACCGGCUCCGGGGUACGGAACGCCACCACAGCAGGGCUGGCAACAACCCGCAUACGGCUACCCAGACCAGCAGGGGCAGCAACAGCAGCCUCCCCAGCAGCAACCACCGCAGGGAGGACAGGGAUACUAA